AUGAAACAGAUAUUCAAUAAUGCUCGUGAGGCAUGCCAAUUAUAUCAACUGCAGCAGCGCAGUGAACCUCCACACGAUAUUCCAUUCACUCUUUGGACGCAAAGAGCAGAUUCUUCAUCAAAACAUGCCUUUUUAGAUGAUUUCCAUUCGUGUACAAAUUUGGAGGAAGUUUCUAUACCAACAGAUCAUGAUGUGCAAAGACCAGUUUCUCAUCAUGCUUAUUUCAAUGAUCCCAAAACUGAUGUGCUGGAUCCAGUUGCAAACAAUAAAGCAGCUUGGAAAAAUAUUCAAGAGAAGAUUCAACAACUGGAGGUGGAGCGAAGGCAAGCUGAGCAGCACAUGAAACAUCUGUGCAAUGAAUAUGUCCAAUACAUAAAAAUUUCAGGGCAAGAAAACAGUAAGGAAGACAUCGUCAACAUCGAUACUGAAGAUAUUAAUGCCACUUUGGACGACUGUUCACUUCUGCAGAUACAGUUAGAACAUAUGAUGAAUGCUUUAAAGAAUGGAGAGACUGAAACAAACCCUGUAUUAGAGACAGAGGGUAUGGAAUCUCUAUCCAAAUGCGGCUACAUAGAAAAUCCACUUUCAAGCUUGGAAAACAUUUCGUUUACUUCUGUUGAUGUUCAACAGAAGGCAGUGCCUCAUGUGACAACCACUGAAUCAAGAAACCAUGGUGAGGCUAAUGUGAUUAGCCUGGCUGCCAACAGCAAAGCUAUAGUUUUGGCUUUGAAAAAUCUUCAGGAAAAGAUUCGGUGUUUAGAAGUGGAACGCGCCGAAGCUGAAGAGAAAGUACAAAGUCUGAGCUAUGAAUCCAUUCAGUACAAACGUAUACCAGAGCAAGGAAAGAAAAAUAACACCAGAAUUGAAAAGGGAGCAUCUAAUGAACUUGCUGUUCAGCUAGCAAAUGUUGAAGACCGCUGUUCACUUUUGGAGAAACAAUUAGAAUAUUUGAGGACGAUGGUGGACCAUACAGAAACUGAGAAAAACAUUUUAUUGGAGAAACAGACCUCACUGCAGAUGGAUAGGCACUGGAGCCAUGCAGAACUGCAGUCAAAGCUCGAAAAACUGGAAAUUCUAGAACAAGAGUGUCUAAAAGUCAAUGCAACGCAGACCAGAGCUGAAAAGAAAAUUUAUGAACUGGAACAGAAACUUCAGGAAGAAGAACAUCAGCGUAAACUUAUACAAGAUAAAGCAGCUCAGCUUCAGACUGGACUUGAAAUAAACAGAAUACUUUUGGGAUCAUGCUCUGUAAAGAAAAAAAAGAAAACCAAGAGAAGGAAAGACAUUAUGAAGAAUGAGAUGAGAAGAGAAAACUCUUGCUCGCCUCAUUUUUCGUCAGGCCGUGCAGAAUUUCCAUUUGUUGCUGGCACAUCCAUUAGUUCCAGUCAUUCUGUCACAGCAAAUGUACAAAAUGUUUUCCAUCUGAUGAAGCACUAUAACAAAAUGACGUUUGAUGGAAGACAGAAACUUCCUGUUCAGAGGACACUUAAGAAUCUACAAAAAGUAACUUGUGAUACUGGCAGAGUGAAGAAAAGGGAUCUCCAGUUUGUAUCCUGUCCCUCAUCCUCUUCACCAACUGAGCUUUCUGAACUUCUUUUAGCGUUGCAAGAUGAGCUGGGCCAAAUGAGCUUUGAGCAUCAAGACCUGCUAAAACAAAUACAAGGUACCAAAAAUAUUGAUGUCCGUGAAGAUUUAGAACGUGAACUUGAGUGUCUGGUAAAACGGAUGGAGAAGAAAGGGGAUCAAAUUUCUAAACUCAAAAAGCACCAGGGCGAUGUUGAGAAAUUGAAGGUAAAAGCAAAAAAAAUUAUGAGGGAGAUGUCUGAUACUAAAAAACGAACAAAAGCUUUGGAUGAAGUGAAGGAAGUGCCAGUUACACCCAAGGGAACAGAAUUUUCAGUCAAAACAACUUGUGCUGCUGCCCAGAAAGGAAAAGAAAGUCUUCAGCUGCUUAGGAAUGCACAGAAACUGCAGCUCUCUCUGAGGCAAAAUGACAUCACAUGGGAACAGUGAUCACUGUGGUUCAGAAGGCAAUGUCUGUAAAUUUGACUCUGAAUUUAAUUACUAAAUUACUGUAGAGUAACUUAAUGAAUCAACACAUUUUAAUUGUGUUUUAAUGUGAUGCUUGUUGCUUUGAAACUGACUUGAGGCAUUGCUGAUAAUCACAUGGGGUAAUGUACUUGAAUUUUAACAUUGUUUUCUUAAUUCAUAUUUUUCACCUAUUGAAAUAAUUUACAAUGUGCAUUUGGUGCAGCAACGUCCUUGUUGGGAGAUAAAUUGAGAUUGUCACUAACCUUUGUACGUGUAUGAUUUACUUUUGUAUCCAAAUUAAUAAAACCUCUUGGUCACUUAUUGUGUCCUGCCUUCAC